AUGUUCUUUGAACAAGAGCGCUCCUGCCGGUGGGACAACGGCUCGGCGGUGACCGAAUUCCAGCUCUCAGGCUUCUCCGAUGUCCGGGCCAUGCAGCUCCUGCAUGCGGGGCUCUUUGCGCUGCUGUAUCUGGCAGCGCUGCUGGGGAACCUGCUCAUCGUGACGGUGGUCACGCUGGACCACUGCCUGCACACGCCCAUGUACUUCUUUCUGGGGAAUCUGUCCUUCCUGGACCUGAGCUACAUCUCCGUCACCGUGCCCAAGUCCAUCCACAGCUCGCUGAGCCGCCGCAGCUCCAUCUCCUACCUCGGCUGCAUGGCUCAAGUCUACUUCUUCUUCGCCUUUGCCUCGGCUGAGCUGGCCUUUCUCACCGUCAUGUCCUACGACCGCUACCUGGCCAUUUGCCACCCGCUCCGGUACGGAGCCAUGAUGACGGGAAGCAAAUGUCGUCAGAUGGCUACGGCUGCCUGGCUCAGCGGCUUCUCCUACGCGGCUGUGCACACGGCAAACAUGUUCCAGGAGCGCCUUUCUGGGUCCAGCGUGGUCCGCCAGUUCUUCUGUGACAUCCCGCACGUGCUGGCCCUGGUGUCCUGCGACGUGUUCUUGGCCGAGUUUGUCGCCCUGGCUGUGAGCUCGUGCGCGGUGCUGGGCUGCUUCGCGCUCAUGGCCGCCUCCUACCUGCACAUCUUCUGCACGGUGCUCCGCAUCCCUUCGCGCGAGGGCCGCGCCAAGGCCUUCGCCACGUGCUCCCCGCAGCUGGCCGUCAUCCUGCUCUUCCUCAGCACCGGGCUCUUCGCAGCCCUGGGGCCGGUGGGCAAGGCCUCCUCCCUGCAGGACCUGGGGCUGGCUCUGGCCUACACGGUUCUGCCUCCCGUCCUCAAUCCCAUCAUUUACAGCCUCCGAAACAGGGAGAUAAAAGCGGCCAUGCGGAGACUCCUGCGGAAGGUACACCCUCUGCCCAAGUAG